AUGUACACAUCUCCCAAGACUUUCGAGCAACCGCUGGUACACGCAGCACCCGCUGCAGUAUCGAAGAAAGCAAACACCAAAUGCUUUAGGAACAUCGCCUACUUCCUUAUAGCAUUCAUGUAUGCGGGAAUGAUGAUCAUAGUCCUAAGACCGUACCUCAACCCUCUCACAAUGUACGGAUUCACUACCACGGCCGCCUUCAAUGUAAUCUUCUCGUUGUUUUUCAUCAGCUUUCUUAGGUCCUCAAACACGGACCCGGGAUCAGUACCUACAAACUGGGGGUUCUAUAUGGGAGAUGACACAAAACGUAGACGAUACUGUAAGGUUUGCAACGUCUGGAAGCCUGACAGGACACACCACUGUUCUGCCUGCAACCGUUGUGUUCUAAACAUGGAUCACCACUGUCCCUGGAUUAGCAACUGCGUUGGGUUCUACAACCGGAAGUAUUUCAUGCAAUUGCUCGUAUACGCUGUAGCAGGAUUGGCAUUUAUCGUAAUCCAUGCCGUAUACUAUCUAGUCAACGAAUCCAUGUUUGCUCAAAAUGCCGAUGAAAUGGGAAUCGACGAUGAAACUUCGGGAAUUACUGCUAUCUCAAACAUAUACGUCUGUGUCAUGGUCUUCGUGGGCCUUGCGCUGAUAUUUGCGCUCAUACCCUUUGUCCAGUUCCACUUCAGACUCGUGCUGAAAAACUCAACAACAAUUGAAAAUCUAGAUGAGGCUACGAAGGAUAACGGGCUCUACGACAUGGGAAUUGGUGCGAACCUCCAGCAGGUAUUCGGAGUCAAUCCUCUAUGCUGGUUUGCGCCAUGCAACCUUCCUCUAAACCGACCAGUCGGAGACGGUGUCCGGUGGACUCAGUACUACUACGACACCAUACCGGAGGGACCUUAG